CUCAGCUGAUCUUGCGACAGUUUUACGAAACGAACAUUCUCGUGCUGACUACCGUGGGGGCUGUGUCGAUGUGUUUACUGAGACGUCCGGAUCUACUUAGAACAAUAUGCUACCCAAACUGAAAUAUAGUUCGGAUGAUAUUAUGGGUUAUUUAUUAUGAUUCAGGGAUGCAAUACAUAUAAGUCAUAGGAUUUAUUUUAUAUAUUCUGUGUUUGUGUAUUUACUUUAAAGUCCUCAAAUGGACACAUACAGUAUUUCGUGUGAUAUACUUUUACCAAGCAAUAAAGAUUGGAGGAUGAAGAAUUACUUCAAAUUAGUGGAACAGCAACGAGAAAUGGAUGCAAAUCCGACGACGUGUGUGACGCCGGAGAGGAUGGAAGGAGAGCCCACUUCGUCGUCCCAACCACAGGCGAAGAAACCCCGUCGGUCUUCAUCCUCACUAGACUCGGGAUUGUCCCUGUCGUCGACCCUGUCUAUGGAGACCACAUGGACCGUGUCCGAUAUAGCCAAGGCUGCACAUCUGCUCACCGUCCUCCCGCGACCUCUCCGUUUCGAGGACGAAGAAGAAAUGAGACGUGUCUAUUCCAUCAUUUAUGACGUCUUCAGAUAUAAAUCUGUUUUGAACCAAGCCUUGAUACAGACAGCCUUCUUCCUCAAGUAUCCACAGUUCCAGAAGCAACCGUGUCUGGUGUCGCUACUGUUCUACGAUUUGUACAAAAGACGGUUUCUACCUCGCGAAAACCACGACGAGCCUCUGCGGGCUCAGUUAUUCGAAGAAGCAGGCCUUCAAGAAGCGGAAACGUGUUUGUGGGACGUAAGGGUUAAGCUGGCUGCUUCAUUAUCCAGGCUACGCAUAAAGAACAAGGCUCUUAGCCUUUCAAAACUUCUACCCCCACACCUCAGGGACUCCCAUGUGGCAGCCCUAGACGAACUUCCUGUCGCUGCCUGGAUCAACACCUUCAAGAUCGAUAUGGAUGAAGUCACACAUCUGCUGGAGAAGGCUGGUCUCAAGCGUCUGGAUUCAAAGGAGCUGAAACCCGACGCACUGAGCUACGUGCUUGAUGAUUGGUGCCCGAAAUUAAUUAAGUCUCAUCCCACUCAUCGGUCAGAUCUCGCGCAGUCAGCUCUUGUGAAAAGGAACCUCAUCGUGCUCCAGGACCGAGCGUUCUGCUUUGGGCCAGCUGUCAUGUGCAAGAUAGUGCAUGACCUGGAUCUCGCGGGAAGACUGGUCCAGACUCAUGUAGUUUCUCCCCGCACCACGGCGUAUCUUGCGAACAUCCUCUCCGACAACGAGAAGAUUAAGACUCUGAUUGCUUUCGGUGCAGGACAAAGGAAGGAAGAAUACGAUGCGUAUCUUCGGAUGUUGGGCGUGACUAAUACUGAGGUUCGCGCCGAGAGCUUCCUGGAUGUUCCAUCCGACAGUUGCCUUCUGGAGAGUGUUGUUGGGGUCCUGGCGACCCCACCCAACACGUACUCGGGGGUCAGAGACCCUGUGGAUCUGGCAUGCAGCCGGGGCGGAGACCUCUCGAUGCUGGAAGUGCUGACAGAGGUGGAAGAUUGGAGAAUGAAGAGGAUUGACGCGAUCCUGGAGGAAGAGCGUCAGACCUUGCGCCUCGCCAUGUCCAGACCUCAGAUACAGGCUGUGUUGUAUGAGACGCACUCAAUCGUGCCCGCAGAGAACAAUGAGAUGGUUAACCGAAUGGUUAAUGAGAUGAACCGCCGUGCGCACGAGAAACACGCGGAGGAGUUGGGCAAGACGGUCUUGGCCUCCCAGAAGGAGGAGGGAUUGGAAACAGCCGACGAGAACGUCGUGGCGCCUUCAGACAGCGUCGCUUCCAUUGAGAACAUUUAUAUGAGAGAGCCAGAGAGACCGAAAUUCACGGAAGCAGAUGUAACAGUACCGUCAUGUGACGUCUUUGAGAUUCGCUUCCUUCCUGGACUCUUUCUUCAGGAAGAUAUUCACGUCACUAUGGAAGAGGAGGGCUGCUACUUGGCUUAUCUGCGCAGAAAGGAGGUUGUGCGGCUCAACGCCAAGUAUAUGAUCAACAUAGCUGCGUCAAGGGGCCUGUUCGGGGGCGAAACUGGAGGUUCCAAGGAGGCCAAGAAGUCCCAGAGUGGACGGCCGCAGCGGAAGAAGCCGGAUCUGCAGCGUCAAACUUCCGGUACUCCAUUGUUAAUUAGACCCACAAGUCGACGAGUUGAAAUGGAACGUAUUGCAGCCCCAACACAAGCUUCCAUCUCUCGUCGGGCCACAGGCCCAGGGAAAAUCUCAUCAGGAAACUUCCAACAAGGGACUUGGUCCUCCACCAUUUGUCAACGUCAUCAAAAUCAUUUUCAGCAUGAAUUCACGCCAGUUGUAGGAAUCAAUCCCAAAAUGGUUGCUCAAAUAAGACGACAAGAUGCCAGAAAAUGGUGGCGAGAGGCAGCGAGACAUAUUAUCGUGUUUGGUUUCAAUUUUGAGCUUGAUCAAAAUUCAGUGGAUAGAUAUAUGAGACCUCGUUUGAAACUAUCUCGAACAAAACCAUAUUAUAAAGUACCAUUACGUGUUAAUGUUGCGUCAAUACAAUUCGAUGACCCUAAUAAAUUUUUGUAAUCUCUAA